AUGAGCUUGGUCUAUCCACUCCUGCGGCUCCCGUGCCGCUGCGCCCUCGCGUCGGCGCCGCGGGCCGCCGCGGCGUCGGUGGUGUCGGCCUCGGCCUCGGCCUCGGCGGUGGACGGCGGGGGCGGGGACGGGGAGCUGACGGCGCGGGAGAGGAGGGAGAGGCGGAGGGAGGCGAGGGAGCUCAAGGCGCGGGACUGGAAGGAGGAGGUGGAGGAGCGGCUCAUCCACGAGCCGGCGCGGCGGCGGAAGAAGCCGCCGAAGCGGACGUGGCGGGAGGAGCUCAACCUCGACUUCCUCGCCGAGCACGGCCCCCAGUGGUGGCUCGUGCGCGUCUCCAUGGCGCCCGGCACCGACUACGUCGACCUCAUCACCAAGGCCGUCGCCCGCCGCUUCUCCGAGGUCUCCUUCAAGAUUUACAAUCCUGCAAUCCAAGUGAAGAAGAGGCUGAAAAGUGGUUUGAUCAGUACCAAGUCAAAACCUCUGCAUCCUGGGCUGGUCUUUCUGUACUGCACCUUAAACAAGGAGCUUCAUGAUUUCAUCAGAGACACCGAAGGUUGUUAUGGUUUCAUUGGAGCUACAAGAGGUUCCAUUAAAAGGCAGAUUAAGAAGCCUAAACCUAUUCCAGUUGAAGAGGUCGAAUCAAUUAUUAAAAAGGAGAAGGAGGAACAAGAGAAAGCUGACAAAGAAUUUGAAGACCUGGAAAACUGGGAUAAGGGGUCUUUUGGUAAACCCGUUGAAGACUCUGAACUUAUGUUAAUUAAUAAGAUCAAGAAACAAGUCAAGAAAUCAACUUCAAAAGGUGCCUCCAGCAACGACACUUUUACGCUUGGUGCCAGUGUUCAUGUUCUCUCCGGGCCGUUUGCAGGCUUCACUGGCUCUCUUCUGGAAGUAAAUCGCAAAAAUAAGAAGGUUACUGUCCAGAUGACACUUUUUGGCAAGGAGAGCUUUGUAGAUCUAGAUUUUGAUCAAAUUGAGGCACUGAAUACUUAA